AAGUUUGAUUAGAAGGGAAAUUUGAAAAACAGCUGAUCGACAGCCGGCGAUGUGCAAGCAACGCACAAAUUUUUAUUUAUUUUUAUUGCGAGGCACAAAUUUAAAUUAAACACAAACAAAAUGUAUCAAAAUUUAGAGGAGCACAAUCGGCUGGUGAAUAAAUAUUUAAAGAUAUUCUUUGUAGUUGCAUUGUACUGGUGCACCUCCAUACUGACUGUGUUUGUGAACAAGCAUCUGCUGAGCAGCGAUACUGUUAAUUUGGGUGCACCACUGUUCAUGUCAUGGUAUCAGUGUGUUGUAUCCACCGCAAUAUGCUUUUGUAUGAGUCGCCUCAGCCGGAGGUAUCCAAGUGUAUUUACCUUUCCGGAAGGCAAUCCCCUGGACAUUGAUACAUUUCGAAAGCUUCUGCCCCUUUCCGUGCUCUAUACGCUGAUGAUUGGGGCCAAUAACUUGUCGCUGUCGUUUGUAACAGUUGCCUUUUAUUACAUUGGACGGUCGUUAACCACAGUGUUUAGUGUGGUGUUGACCUAUGUGAUCCUGAGGCAACGUACCAGCUUUAAGUGCUUGUUGUGCUGUGCUGCCAUUGUGGUGGGCUUUUGGCUGGGCGUGGAUCAGGAAAGCUUAACGAUAGCCUUCUCUUGGCGUGGCACGAUUUUCGGUGUGCUUAGUUCCUUGGCAUUGGCCAUGUACUCGAUACAAACGAAGAAGGCGCUGUCUUAUGUUAACCAGGAAAUCUGGCUGCUCAGCUACUAUAAUAAUCUGUACUCCAUGUUGCUAUUUUUACCACUAAUUAUAUUAAACGGAGAACUGGGUACCCUCUUGGCUUAUCAACACUUUUGGGCUCCCUGGUUCUGGGCUGCCAUGACGCUGAGUGGAUUUUGUGGUUUCGCCAUUGGCUUUGUCACAGCUUUGGAGAUAAAGGUUACCUCACCGCUAACGCACAACAUCUCUGGCACUGCUAAAGCAUGCGCCCAGACAGUUAUUGCCACGCAGUAUUACAACGAUGUGCGAUCGGCCAUCUGGUGGACUUCGAAUAUAGUUGUAUUGCUAGCUAGUGCUGCCUAUACGCGGGUCAAGCAGUUGGAAAUGUUGCAACAGCAUCAACAGCGAAAUGCUGCCACAUUAAAAGCCUGAUCCAACAUUUCCAACAUACGAUCAUGUCGUAUACGUUAUAUGCAACAAAUGAAAUGAAUUUACAAUUGGCUGAUCGUAUUGUGCAACCUCCAAAAACAAUUUUAAAAAUAACCUAAUAUAUGUAAGUGUCGUAAGAUUAUCAAUAUACCCUCUAAUUGUCGAAGCACACAACAUUUUCGUACAUAGUUUAUACAUAAGUGAAUCCAAAGACGACCUGCUGCUCGGAAUAAACAGAUUCCUAACAAGUUACUAAUGUUUAAAGUAUGUAUUCUGACUGUCAAUGCACAAAUGGAUCCUUAAGCAAUAAAGCUUUAGAUUUUGUAAGUA